AUUCGUUUUUUUUCCGUUUUGUUUUAGGUUUGAAAUAAUAUGGAAGACGAGUCCGAUUCAGACAGUUCAAUAGAUGAAAUCGAAAAUCAACGACUGAAAGAGGCAACGUUAUAUGUAGAAACAUUCGUAAAAGACACAAAGAGAAAUGAAGCUGAGAAGCAGGGGAAUAGGAAGCCACCAUCCCUGAGGGCCUCCUCACCAGUGUCUGAAAGUAAUCCAUUAAAUACAACACCAGAAUUUCGUGAAUUUGUAGCCAAGAAAUUGUCUGAACUUUUAGAUAAAAGUAUCAAAGCUAGGAGUGGAGAAGACACAAGAAAGAUUGAAUACUCUGAACAGGAUACAGGCAUUAAGCUCUUCACAUCUUCCACCACUGUGAUACAGGAUGCUGGUGAUGAAGCAGCAACAGCCAUCAAACAGAGGCCGCCCAGUGUCAGGAGAAGGAAACUCAGUAGUAGCACUGACAGUUCAGAUGAAGAGAGCAGACUAGCUGAAGCAGCCAUUUCUGUUGAACAGAUCAUGAAAGAUAGCAAAACUCCACAUAAUGGAACUCUCGAGAAAAUUGAAAAGCAAAAAGAGAUUGCUACCAUGAAUAACUCUGGGAGUGCAGAAAAUUCAGGAAAGAAACGGAAGAAAAAGAACAAGAAAAUGAAGAGUGAAUUAAAAGUUUCAUAAAAUAUCAAUGUAAAUUCCUGACACAGUUUUCAUCAGCAAGAAAUUCUACAGAUGACAUGAUCGUUUUCAUAUUUCAUAUGCCAAUAAAGUCAUACCAUUGUA